GUCACGGAACGCCUCGCCAUUCGCCCGCAGGAAAACAGCGCGAACAGGAGCAGUUACAGUGAGUGACGUCACGUGCCUGCAGCGCGCGGCUGAUCAGUUGGUUUGGGAGCAUGUCGGUUAGGAAGCGCUGAGAAACACAACAAACACACGAUAAUGACUGAAUGCAGCACAACUUAAGAAAGUUUUCAGAUGCUGAAGUCACAUGAAUCAUGCGGCAGAUUUGGAUAGGCCUGUAAAUGACCCGGCGUUUGAGCGCCCCGCAGCAAUGGAGGAGACUACAGCGGAGGGAAUGCUGGGAAAUGAUGACACUAUUAAUAGCACGAAUGGAUCCGGUUGCGCUCAGGCUGUCGCUUUGAGAACCGAAAAGGAUCAUGGCAGCGAAUCGGCUGUGCAGAACGGCAGUAUCGACGUCACCCUGGAGAACGAGUCCGUCUGGAGCCGCUUUCACAGCCUCGGCACUGAGAUGAUCCUGACGGAGCAGGGCAGACGCAUGUUUCCCUGCUGCCGUUUCCGUCUGAGCGGUUUAGACCCCCAUCUCAGGUACUUCCUAAUCAUGGAUUUUACUCCGUUGGAUGAUUUCCGACACAGAUGGAACGGGAAAACGUGGGAGCGCGACGGAACGGCUGAACCUCACCCUCGGAGUCCGGAGUGUUUUCAUCCCGACUCUCCGGCUCUGGGUCAGCACUGGAUGGACGGCCCGGUGUCCUUCUAUAAGGUGAAGUUGACGCACAGCUCUCUGGAGCGGGACGCCGGCGUGCUUCUGUAUCCCAUGUGCCGCUACCAGCCGCGCCUCUUCGUGGUUCCCGUGAGCGUGUGUCCGGAGCGCUCCGUUCCGCUGGAGGGUCCCGGCGUUCACAUGUUCACCUUCCCUCUGACAGAGUUCUACGCGGUCACCAGCUACCAGAACCCGCAGAUAACCCGGCUUAAAAUCGACUGCAAUCCCUUCAUGUUGGCGUUCAGGGAAGACGGGCCGAGCGCUCGCCUCAUCCAGAACAAACUCGGACUCGCUCUGACCGGCAGGUCUCCGUCACGGCCGUCUGUUGCCAAUCACACCGGGAAUAACGGGAAGGUGUCCGCUGGAGAUCAACACCUCAGCUCAACACACGCCCAUCAGGAGUCCUGUGAAGGAGGAGGAAUCCGGUCAAACGACAGUGAAGGUGAACGGCUCAUCAGACCCAGAGAUGAACCAGCGGCUUCUUUAGAUUCUGAAUCUGCUGAAGACGUGAUGACGGAUCCGGCGAGACCUCAGAUCAGUCGGCCGCUGGGCGUAACCAGCCGCAGGAAACCUGCCGUUCCUUCGACCGGUCCGGCUCUUUCUGGCACCUGUAAUGCCAAGCGUGUUUACCGGAGGCGCAUGAAGGGAGCAUGGAAAGCCAAGGCUAAAUGGUGGUCCAACGUGAAGUACGCGAGAGCGGCUGCUGCCCGGGUCAACAAGGCCAUGGACGUGUCCAUGCAGCCGGACCUGGAGGACGUGGACGGUGUCUUGUUUGUGUCCUUCACUGCAAAGGAGGCGCUUGACGUUCAUGUCGGAAACAUGAGGAAAUCUGUGCAAUCGUCUCCAUCGUCACACACACAAAAUCAGACGGAGAAGUCGCUGCCUGAUAAAGGUCUGAGCGUGUCUGAUGAUGGUUCAUCUGCAGCAGACAGAAUCUCUGAGCAUGAGCUCGUGUUACUGCAGCGUCUGAAGCAGCUGAAGAACAGACAGAUCCUUCAUCCUGCGCUUCAACAAGUUGGGUUGAAACUGAAUCUUGUGGAUCCAGCUGCUCCCAUAGACCUACAUUAUCUCGGUGUUGAUUUACCCUCGCCUGUUCUCGACCUCACACCAUCCUCCCAUGCUCCUUUUGUGUCGCGGACCGGGAAGACUAACGAUCUGACCCGGAUCAAGGGCUGGAUGGAGAAAUUCAGUUCCAAGAGUGCAGCUGACAGCAACCAUUCUGCAUUUUCCUCGGACUUGUUGGAUGAGUAUCUUGAAAGUGAAGGCCAGCAGAUCAGCGACCGCGCCGCUGUGUUUUCAACAAGCUCUCCGUCACCGGUGGUCUAUCAGCUGCCCGUCAAAAGCAGCAGUUACGUCCGAACCCUGGACAGUGUCCUUCAGACGCGGGGCGUGACGCCCAACGUGUGUUCAUCCAGACCUCCAGGAAACAUUGUGCGUUCUUCCUCAAGAAGCACCUCUCAGCGCUCGCUCCAGGACCAUCAUCCUAAAGUGUCCCAUGAUAGAACCAGAAUAGGUUAUUCCAGACGUGGGAGGAAGUGCCGUCGUCGUAGGCAGCAGCUGAGGUUCAACAGAGAAGCUGUCGAUGGAUCGCAGUCCUCCGCAUCGGCUAAAAGUCUCACGGAGCUCUUGGCACAAGAAGAACACGCCAUCUUUCAUGGCAGGAGUCCCGCUUACAUCACCACCGAGAGAGCGAGCUUUGCCUUGAGUUCACUGCUGACCACAGAGACGGCGGUGAAGACGACACAGUUCAGCACGCGGCACGUUAACGAAGAAGCUUGCGUGAAGGACUUCUGCCGGCUGGGCUGCGUCUGUCACAGUCUGAACAGAGAGAUUCGCGGAUCCACCCACUGCAGACGAGUGCAGUGCAUGUUCAGCUGCGGCUGCUUCAAGCACAAGAUCCUUCUGAUCCGCUCGCCAGAACUGAGCCGAACGCACAGCACCAGCAGCCUGAUGGCCUUCCCCAUUGCUGACCAAGGAUCAGACAGCAGGCCUGCGCCGGCUCUCCGAGUGACCAGCCUGUGGAAGAGGAGACCGAAUGAGGACGACCCCGAGCCGAUCUUCACCCCUAAAGCAGUCGGUGUGCCGAGACGAGCGCCGCGCUUACACACCUACACGCCACGGCCCAAUCCUCAGGUGCAGGAGAAGGAUCCGGUUUACCUGUUCUUGGAGAGCAUGAUGACUUGUGCUCGUGUGCGAGAGUACAACAGUGACCCUCCGCCGCAGGUGCACUUACUGCCACCCAAGAGACCUGAUGAAAUGGUCAAUGACGCGUCUCAGUCGCACCUCACUAGUCCAGGCGUGACGGCAGGAGAGCCAGAGCCCACUAAAGUGCUGGAGAUCAUUUCUCGCUGUAACUGGGAGUCCCAUCGGUCUCUGGUGCUGAAAGAACUGUUUCGCUGCAUCAACAUGAACUGCCUCUCAUCUCUUUUCUCUGUUGACAUCUACAAAGUGGAACUACUCUCAAAAAAUCUUAAAACGGACGGGUCCAGCUCCAUGCUAACCUACAAGGUCUGCGUGUCCCUCGCUGAGAAGCCAGAAAAGACUCGCGAGCCGAAGAAGCGAGAGGACGCGCUGAGAAAUUCUUCCUCUCAGAAAGUCAACAAACUAAAUGAUGAGCGUGUUAAUGACACCAUAGAGGCGGAGCACUUUCCUCUUCUGUCGCACGUCGUUCCCGCUGGUUAUCUGAAGGCUGAUAAGAAGACAUUAAUGGAUUCUGGUCCAAUCAAGGUCAACGGGAAAACGUACACUCAGGCUAAACUGCUGCUGGGCCGAAUGGGAUCGCUGCAUCCAGCCAACCGUCUGGCAGCGUAUGUGACUGGCAGGAUAAAACCAGCGCCUCAAAACGCCAGCCACGGCAGAUCAGUUUCCAAAACGCCUCAGGUCAGGACGACUCCAGCGCGUGAUCCCUCCAAACGCACAGCGAGGCAAGCAAACCAGAGUAAAGCAGCAUUCAAAGCGCCAGCUCCCCAAACUCUGGCCAUCUUCAAGGCUCCUGAUGGCGUCAAAAGCACACCGACCCUCUUCAUAUUCUCACAUGUUCCCAAUCCUGCAGCUGCACCUCCAAACCCCACAUCAACAUCUAAUCAUAUGACAUCAUCUAAGCCUGGGCGGGAGCUGAACGCUGUAGCUCCGCCCCUCUCUGGCGCUGCACCGCUGUCUAAGGGUGAGACGGUUCUCCCGGCUUCUGCUCUUCCUCCAGGACAGCAGGUGGUGCUGCAGCCGGUCGCAGGGAUGACAGGAGUGAACAUGUGUCAGUUCAACGGACAGAUGAUUCAGCUGGUGCCCGUCCCUGCAGCGCCACCCGUGAACCACCAGAGCAGCGCAGGAAGUGCUCAACAGGAAGCGCAAACAGCUACACAACUACCUCAGAUGACCAAAUCUAUAUUAAAUCCAGCACCUUUUCCAUUCAUUGCACCCAGAAUCCAUCCAGUGCCAGGAAACGGCAGCUUUACCAUUGGAAGUGGUGUACAGAACGGUUUUCUUGCUAAGAAUAACACGUUUUCCUUCCGGAUCUGCCCGCCUGCCGCUGAGGGCAAGACCACGGGGCUCGAACAGACACAAUCAGGAGAAUCUCCUUCCACUUUGUUACUUCCUGGAGGAUAUAGGUUAAUAAAACUGCCCAUGUUGGUCCAACCCAGUGUGAAUCCCGAGAGCAGCCCGUCUGGGUCACACGUGAUGACCGAGAAAUCAAGCGCAAGCUCUGAAGGAAACCGUACGAGCUGCACUGCUGAAGACCCAACCGGACUCCAGUCCGCCGCUUCUAUCAAAACAGAACCAAGUGAAACUCCGACAGACGCUCCUCCAGUCGACAUAAAAGUAGAGCCUUACAGUGACUCGCUGCAAACGGACAAACAUCACGACACGAGUGAGCAUCCGUGCAGUGAGUAUGUGAAGAUCGUUAAGAUCGAGGAACCCUCCGAGAUGAACCAGCCGGAUGACAACCAGAACAAAGACUCGCCGCGCUGCGUGACGGUCAAAAUAGAGGAACCAGACAGUGAGACGGACAUCAGACAUUGUAUUAAAGCCUCUGAAAGCAGCGGCCCGAAAUCGUCCUCCAUUUCUGACGCCCUCACUGAAGCUCAACAACAUCUGAAAACAAACACUAUUGGUGAUUUUUCACGCCCUUUAUUCGUGAGUCCGAUCUCGGCGUUCUCAAAGCUAACAUUCGCCGUCCCUUUGCUUCCGGCUCAAACGAAAACACCAGAAGAGCCGCGUGAACACGCAUGUGCUGCACCUGCUGACGGCGGCGGUUCUCUCAGCAGAAGGGCCAAUCGCAGGCCUCGAGAGUUUCAGAACCGCAUCCAGUGGCUGUGGAAAAGAAAAAGACAAGCGUUGACCUCGGACGCUCCUCCUGCUGGUUCUGACAGAGAACUCGCCGCAGGCGUCGACGACUCGAGCGCUGCGCUCAUGUAUUCCAGUGACGGGUGGUCCACCGAAGACAGUAAUGAGAAGAGCGGUGAAGACGAUGUUGACAUUGAGACGUUCCAGGCGGAGGAUGAGAGGAAAAUCUGCCGCUUAAGAGCAAAGGCAAGACGGAAAACACAGCAAGCGGCUUCACAUCACUGGCUCGCUAAACCGGUAGGAAAAGCGGCCCAUCAUGCAGUGCGGCUGAUGUCUGAUCUGCCUCUGUACAAGCGCACGUGGCGUCUGAAUCAGGCGCUGAGAGGAAGGAAGCGUCAGGUUGAGCUGCAGCGGAGUUUGGACUCGUUGAGGAGGACGCUGUGUGUUGAGGAACACGUGAGGAUGAGCACUGAAGACCUGCUCCGUCAGGCUCGUCAGGUGAUCACAGCUCUUGAGGACCGCAGCAGGUCUCUGAUGGCACAGAAGCGGGCUCUGAUCCAGCAGCACUCUCACUUUCAGACUGUGAUGUCACAGCGCUCUGCGGCGGGAACAGAAUCACAUGUUGAACAGAAAGCAGCAGCAGCAGAAACGCCUCGACACGAGCGGCCCGUGCUGAAGAGAGCGUCACGUCUGCCCAACAUCGUCCUGCAGUCCUUCACCGGGAUUUAGAGAUCCGUGAUCCAGCUUCAUCCGUGUGGAACGAGACGUGAUCCCGCUGCCGUUGGCAUGUGAACCUUCACACUAAGAAUACCAGAGUAAAAGCAGGAGUCAAAUCCCUCGCUCGUGUGAUUCAUUUCGAGCAAUACUUUAUUUUUCUGUUGAUGAUGGGUCAGAUUGUGUUUUUCAGGUUUACAGCAUUAGUUUGUACAGUGUUUGUAAAAAGCAGUUUAAUAUCUCUUGAUAAUGAGUUCAUUAACCCACAUUGGGCAGUUUUUUCUACCGCUUCCUGUUUGAUACUGAACAUGUUUGCACACUUUAUGGAUUAUGUAUUUCUGUUGUUAAAGCAGAUUUAUUUUUGUGAUUUAUGAAUCAGGCCUGUGUUCGUUUUCUGUCAUAAUCACUAAACUCGUCUUUAAGAGAUCUGGGAUCGUUUAGGCGGGAAAAUAUCUCAGAUUUAUCUUCAUGCAUUAAUUAAGUUUUGUCUGUUUGUAAAUUAUGCAGAUUUCUCUUUAUCAUAUUGACAUGGCCUCAGGAUUGAGUUGAUAUUAUGGCCUUGUGCAUAAAUAAAAUGUAAAUCCGUGUAAA